CCAAGAGAUGCCGCUGUUGCCUACAUCUCCGCCAAACGCGUUUUAAAGGCUAUUAUCCUUUUUGGCCUUUCUAGCGAUUCGUUUCAAAGGUCCAUAGACAGCUACGAGUUGUGUUUUGACUUAGCAACAGUUUUAUUAUUCACCAUAAGCUUGGCAUUAUGAAGCCUCCAUCUCGUCGCCGGAACAUACCAUCUCGUUUUUUAGAAAUAAAGAAGACUGAACCAGUAAACAGGUUUCGUCCUGGGUACAAUCGCCUGGAACAGCGGAGUCUUCUGCUUGCCUUGAAACAACAGAAAAGGUUAAAGACAGAAUUGGAUUUUUUGGCACUUCGGAAGAAAGUUCCCAAAUGGUCUCUGCUUCAGAUACAGAACAUGAUAAAGUUUUUGAAGCAGUGUGUGGUGAAGCGGGUGUAUCUGCAGGUCCAAAAACAGAGACGUGAGGAACAAAAAAACAAAGUACCAAUUGAAUUAUGGGCAGAACUAGCACAGGAAAUGGCUGGAAACAAUGUGGAAACAAUAUCUUCUGCCUUCUCUCAAAUGUUGGUAAUUGCUGCCACAGAGCCCUGCAGCCUCAACCACUCAGAUCCUCCACGUCCUACUGACUCUCAAAGUCCUCUAGCCAGCGGUUUGCGCACUAUACCGCUGAGGCCGAUGCCUAAAUCCCACACUGGCUCACCUUCUCCAGUGAUAGUUGUACCUGAACAGGCCAGUAAAACGCCUCAGUUACGUGGGAAGAAUGCAGCUACCGAUCCUUCUGCCCAAACCACCACAGUAACAUCGCCCUCUAGUGUUGCUGAAGAAGUGCAAAGUGAGUUACUGGAAAAAACUGAGGCAGACAAAGACCCAUCCACAUCAGCCACCCCUAAAUCACUCUUAAGUCAACCUGUCUCUAAACCAACACUACCAGUGCCUGCUUCAAGUACUGUGUCUACUACUGUACCCUCACUCACAUCAGACUGUUGUCAGCCAGGUAAGCAACAUGAAAGUGGGCUCUCUGAGCAAGUCUGGCAACACAGACCAUUGGGGAUGAAGAGUGUUGUGGAUUUUGAAAAGAUAUACCAAUUCAUCAGCAACAUCGUUCUGAAUAAACCUACUCGGCCUCUUACUGCUAUGGAAAGUGCAGUGUUUUUGGACCUGUUGAUGUCUUUGCCUGAAGAGCUCCCCUUGCUGGACUGUAAGAAACUGCAGCAUCAUUUGCUUCAAGUGCAUGCCCAUCUGAACACGCCUGCAGCGAGGCUCAGUGAAGAUCAGGGACCUGCAGUCGAAACUUCAGCUUCAACCAGAGAACCAGAACAGCGAACCACUUAUCAGCAUGUUACAGGACCUGAUAUCUCUUUACAGAGUGUACAGUCUACAAGGAAAGAGAUUGUUCAGAAAGGACCAGUAACUGAGCAAGUGAAGGACACAGAAUCACCAUUAGUUGCUGAAGGUUUUGCGGGUCAAUCAUCUGCAAUAAAGCUUUCAAAAGUCAGAGGUGAUUGGGCCUCUGCUGGCCUAUGUCCACUAAAUCCAUUUAUGGUGCCAGUAGCCCAUCUGAAACGGAAGUAACCCAAGGAACUUGCAAAAGCAGCUCUAGUUUAUUUCAAAACUGUUGAGACUGACUGUAUUUUAAAAUUAUAUUUCUUUUAGGAAAUAAUAUACAACCUGCCUUUUUUUCAAAGUGCAUUGGAUAUGAUGACAGCACUAUGGUUUUUUUGUCUUUUUAGUUAUCAAACACUUGUACACAGAUAUUUUUAUUUAUCCAUUCCAGCUGACAUCUGCCAUUCUAGUGUGCUGUUUACAGAAAAUGUUUGCUAAGAGAAUUGUGUGGAUCAAAGAAGUGUGGCUCUUUAUUCAAGUAUGUGUGGAAGUAUGAGUGGAAGUUCAAACGUUUUGCUUACAGUCAGGUAUUUCCUAAUGGUGUGACAUACUGAUGUUUAAAAUGAUGCAAAUUACGUUCAGUUGACCUCUGUCACUCUACACAGUUCCAAGUAAGAGAAGUGUUAUAAUUAAAGUUUUGAUUUAAUCAGAUAUUUUCCAUGUAUUAUGACUGUCAUAAAAUAAAACAGCCCAACAGUUACAUUAAAGUUCUAACAUAGCCAGA